UUCAUCGACUGGGGAGCAUUUGAGAGCCGUAGAUUAUGUACCAUUAUCGACGGAUGAGAAUGCCCAUCCAAGACAUUCUGGAUUGCGCAUUCGCGUCCGUUGAUUUUAUGAGAAUCUACGGCUGAUAUGUUUUUAAAAUUAGUGGAUCGGAUCGAGGCUGAAAUAUUUGAAAUUUCAGCGGCUGCACGGCGGCACCAGGCGGCGCAAUGGCUGCGGAAAAUGGACGGUGGCGCGGCGGAGGCGCUUCCGAAGGAGCCGACGGAGGAGGAGUUCCGUUUCGCGCUCCGAAGUGGACUUAUUCUCUGCAAUGUCCUCAACAAAGUCAAUCCCGGCGCGGUGCCACGGGUGGUGGAAGUGUUGGACGUGCAGGCUACGGAAGGUGCAGCACAGGCUGCCAUUCAGUACUUUGAGAACAUGAGAAACUUCCUCGUUUCUGUUGGCAGGAUGAAGCUGCUCACAUUCGAAGCGUCAGAUGUUGAAAAGGGAGGAUCUUCAAGCAAAGUAGUGGACUGCAUUUUAUGUUUGAAAGGGUAUUAUGAAUGGAAACAAUCUGGAGGCGUUGGUGUCUGGAAAUAUGGAGGAACAGUGAGAAUUACUUCUCAACCAAAAGACCUUCCAUCAUCUGUCGUGAGCAGUGAAAGUGCUGAUGAGUCGCUAGAUGAUUCUGAAUCAUCCCAAUAUGAUCCUCUGAUGGAAUUUUUCCACUUAUACACUAACUCACUCGAGGAUUCCAGGGCAGCCAAUAUACUCACUUUCAUGUUUGAUUAUUAUAGCAUUGGUCUCCUGCAAGCUUAUGUGACAGAAACAAACGCAUUUGAGGACAUCCCUUUAAAUUCAAUGGUCACUGAUAUAGUGAUAAGGAAGGUUGUUAAAGAUUUCUCAGAAUUGCUGGAUUCCCAAGGCAAUCAGCUUGGAUCAUUUCUUAAGAAAGUUUUGAACAAAGCUUGCACACCUCAUAACAAAUCUCAAUUCAUUGACAUUACGUCAAAGUAUUUAAAAAGAAGGACAAGUCUUGUAUCAAGCGAUGUUUCAGAUUUUUGCAUUUGUGGUGGAAUUGAAAAAGAAGCAGAGAGUAGGGAACAUCCCUCACAUUCUAAUGUAGAAAUGCUUAAUCUGCUGCAGAAACCAUUGGAGGAUUUAAAAGCUCUUUAUAUUGAGACCAAGCAAGAAGUCUAUCGGACACAAUUGGGAUGGGAAAAGGAACUUCUAUGGCUGGGACACCAUGUCAAGGGUCUUGAGGUCGCAGCUGCUUCAUAUCACACAGUUUUGGAGGAAAACCGUUUGCUAUAUAAUCAAGUCCAAGACCUUAAAGGGACUAUUAGAGUUUACUGUAGGGUAAGGCCUUUCCUAUCUGGGCAAUCAGAUGGGCAUUCCACCGUAGAUUACAUUGGAGAAGAUGGAAGUAUUAUGAUUGUUAAUCCACACAGGCAGGGUAAAGAUGCAAGGAGGAUCUUCAUGUUCAACAAAGUUUUUGGAACUAAUGCAACACAGCGUCAAAUAUAUGCAGAUACUCAACCCUUGGUGAGAUCUGUUCUUGAUGGAUAUAAUGUUUGUAUAUUUGCAUACGGUCAGACUGGCUCUGGGAAGACAUACACUAUGAGUGGUCCAGACUUGACAACGGAGGAGACAUGGGGAGUGAAUUAUCGUGCUCUCCGGGACCUAUUCCACAUAUCAAAGGCCAGAAUGGAUGUCAUAAAAUAUGAAGUUGGAGUCCAAAUGAUUGAAAUAUACAAUGAACAAGUGAGGGAUUUGUUAGUCAUGGAUGGGAGUAAUCAAAGGUUAGAUAUUCGUAACAACUCCCAGCUCAAUGGGCUCAAUGUUCCUGAUGCAAGUUUGAUUCCUGUAAAAUGUACUCAAGAUGUUCUUGAUUUAAUGAGAAUUGGACAAAGAAAUCGAGCUAUUGGUGCCACAGCUUUGAAUGAGCGCAGUAGUCGAUCUCAUAGCAUUUUGACAGUUCAUGUUCGAGGGAAAGAAUUGAUUUCAAGUUCCACAUUGAAAGGUUGCCUUCACCUAGUAGAUCUUGCUGGAAGUGAGAGAGUCGAUAGAUCUGAAGCUGUUGGAGAUAGAUUGAAAGAAGCUCAACAUAUUAAUAGGUCUCUAUCCGCCCUUGGAGAUGUCAUUGCUGCUCUGGCACAAAAAAGUUCUCAUGUUCCUUACAGAAAUAGCAAGCUAACGCAAGUUUUACAAGAUUCUUUAGGGGGGCAUGCUAAAACACUGAUGUUUGUGCACAUAAACCCCGAGGUUAAUGCUCUCGGAGAGACAUUCAGCACAUUGAAAUUUGCUGAAAGAGUAGCCACGGUGGAGCUUGGGGCAGCUCAAUCUAACAAGGAAACCUGUGAACUUAGAGAAUGCAAAGAAGAGAUAUCCAACCUUCGAACAUCGCUCGAAAGGAAGGAGGCUGAAUUGGAGCAACUGAAAAGCCGCCCAAAUACUCGAGGCGCAGCUUCACCUCUUAGGAUGGCGAAACAGAGCAAUCCAAAACCUGAGAUCAGUGAGAAGCAUGUUGAUCCACAAACCAUAGAGGUGAGAAGCUGUUCUGUUGGUAAGCAAAGAAGGUCUCAAUAUCCCUCCAAAUUCAGUGACAAAGAUGCUCUGCCGAAACUGCCUGUCCUGUCUGAAGAAAGAGCAGUGAGCUCCACCAAACCAAGAUCCCCAUCUCCUCCAGUUCGAAGAUCGACAUCCACUGACAGAGUUGCCACAAUCAAAACAAAAGCAAAAUCCAACUUACCCGAAAACUUGCCAGUCAUUAAAACGCCAUUCCCUGCUAGUAUAUCAGUCAGCAAAUCUAUUACCAAUGCCCCUCCAGUAGUUGUGCCCGCACAUCAAAAUCAAGUUUCACAAGAAACGGCUAUUUCAGAUGCCUUGAACAGCUUCUCAAGGGUGACGAUUCGAAAACCUCACCCUCCACAUGAAGAAGAGCAGUUUAAACAAGCACUGAAUAUUCGCCAAGGCGGCAUCAGAAAAGGCAAACAAGAGAGUAAGAUCAAGACUAAGCAUCAGGCUUUGGCAAAACUUCCCAAGUCCAACAAUUCUUCUGAAACACUGCUUUCUGACAUUGACUCGGAUAAAUUUUUCGAGGAGGCUCAGAAUACAGAUUUUUUAGACCCCGAAGAUGAGCUUGUGCCAGUUAGACUGGCGCCGGCAUCCGGUGCUCCCCGCGUCAAGAAUCCCCACACAAACUCUCGAAACAUUGAUCAAAGGGAAACCAUAGAGCCAAUUGAUUCCUCGCCAAUUGGAGCCCGGGAUAACAAAUUCUCGAACGGGAAGGAAGCCAGCAACUCAUCAGGUGUCCUGGAAUUCCGAAGGAGUCGAUCCAUACCUCGCGGUAAACUGAUGAUCCACCCAUAGAAGCCUCACUUCAGAGGAUGUAAUUCUUGAGAGUUUGUUUUCUUAAUCCUCUCUUACUUUGUUUUGCAAUGCUCUUCCUCUUCCUUUUCCAACAAAUUUUCUGAAAUGGUUUUUGAUAUAUAUGUUUGAUCUGCCUUUUAUAUAUAUAUAUAUAUAUUUCCAGUAUAUCUAGUACAUACAUGGGCCAUUAAAUAGAGAUGGAUUUGUGAGAUGACUGCCUGUAUGUAUACGUGCACAUAUUGUUUUGGUACAUAGUUUUGAAUCAGAAACAACAUACUAUAUGGCCAUUGAGAUUGCAAAUUCUUGCAUUGUUGCA